GCCGCCCGCCCGCUCUCACUAGUCGAACGGUGCCCGACCGGUAACGUAGCGCCGAGUGCCGAGCUAAGACGAACCAGCGACAUGUCUACGGUGGCGAAGACCUCCAAGUACACCUACCGCAGCAGCGGGGGCGGCACUACCGACGUCAACAUCGAGUACAGCGCCGACCUGAGUGCUCUCUCCAGGCUGGAGGACAAGAUCCGUCUCCUCCACGAUGAUCUGGAAUCCGAAAGGGAGCUGCGUCAGAGGAUCGAGAGGGAGAAGGCAGACUUGAGCGUGCAAGUCAUCCAACUGUCUGAGAGGCUUGAGGAAGCUGAAGGCGGAGCUGAGAGCCAGUUCGAGAUCAACAGAAAGCGUGACACCGAGUUGACCAAGCUCCGCAAACUUCUGGAAGAUGUCCACCUGGAGUCUGAGGAGACCGCCCAUCUGCUCAAGAAGAAGCACCAGGAAAUCGUCGUGGACUUCCAGGAACAAAUCGACCAGCUUACCAAGAGCAAAGCGAGGUCUGAGAAGGAAAAGUCGAAGUUCCAGGCUGAGGUUUACGAGCUGUUGUCCCAAGUGGAGAAUGUCAGCAAGGAGAAGGUCACCAUCUCCAAGACCUGCGAGAGGCUGGAGGUCACCAUCAGCGAACUGCACAUCAAGAUUGAGGAGCUUAACCGCACAAUCGUGGACAUCACCUCCCAGAAGCAGAGGCUGUCCCAGGAGAACGUUGAGCUCAUCAAGGAAGUUCAGGACCUGAAGGUGAACAUCGAGAACGUUGUGUACCUGAAGAGCCAGCUGGUGAGCCAGCUCGAGGACUCCCGCCGUCGUCUCGAGGACGAGGACAGGAGGCGCUCGUUGCUCGAAGCCAACCUGCACCAGACCGAGAUCGACUUGGAAUCCAUCCGCGUCCAACUGGAGGAGGAAUCCGAGGCCCGUCUGGACCUGGAGCGCCAGCUGGUCAAGGCCAACGGUGAAGCCCAGCACUGGAGGUCCAAGUUCGAGGCCGAGGCCGCCGCCAGGUCCGAGGAGAUCGAGGAGAUCCGCAGGAAGUACUCCAUCCGCAUCCAGGAACAGGAGGAACAGAUCGAGACCCUCAUCGUCAAGAUCAACAAUGUUGAGAAGCAGAAGUCCCGUCUGCAGAGCGAGGUUGAGGUUCUCAUCAUCGACCUGGAGAAGGCCAACGGCACCGCCCGGGAGCUGCAGAAGAGGACCGAACAGCUGGAGCGCAUCAACAUCGAGAUCAAGUCGCGACUGGAGGAGACCAUCCAGAUGUACGAGACCUCCCAGCGCGACCUGCGCGUCAAGGUUACGGAGCUCCAGCGCAUCAGCCACGAGCUGGACAAGACCCGCGAACAGAAGGACGGACUUGCACGCGAGAACAAGAAGUUGGGCGAUGAACUGCACGACGCCCGUGGAAACCUCACCGAGUUGACCCGCCGUCUUCACGAGCUCGAGAUCGAGCUGCGCCGACUUGAGAACGAGCGAGAGGAACUCACAGCUGCCUACAAGGAGGCGGAGGCAGGCCGUAAAGCUGAGGAGCAGCGCUCGAUGAGGCUGACCACGGAACUCGGCCAGUUCCGCCACGAGGCCGAGCGACGCCUGCAAGAGAAGGAGGAGGAGAUCGAGUCUAUUCGCAAGCAGACCAGCAUCGAGAUCGAGCAGCUGAACGCUCGCGUGGUCGAGGCCGAGACCAAGCUGAAGACAGAGAUCACCCGCAUCAAGAAGAAGCUCCAGAUCCAGAUCACUGAGCUGGAGUUGUCUCUGGACGUCGCCAACAAGACCAACAUCGAUCUGCAGAAAACCAUCAAGAAGCAGUCUCUGCAGCUCACUGAGAUCCAGAGCCACUACGACGAGGUCCAGAGGCAGUUGCAGGUGACCCUCGACCAGUACGGAGUCGCCCAGCGCAGGAUACAGUCGCUCACCGGUGAAGUUGAGGAGAUCCGUGGCAAUUACGAGCAGGCCCUCCGCGCCAAACGCACCGUGGAGCAAUCCUACGAAGAGGCGACGACCCGCAUCAAUGAGCUGACGGUCAUCAACGUGAACCUGUCCAGCAGCAAGGCCAAGAUCGAGCAGGAGCUGGCCUGUGUGGCCGCGGACUACGACGAGAUCACCAAGGAACUCAGGGUCGCUGAUGAGAGAUAUCAACGCGUCCAGACCGAGCUCAAACACACCGUCGAGAUCCUGCACGAAGAACAGGAGAGGAUUGUCAAGGUUGAGGCCGUCAAGAAGUCUCUGGAAAUCGAAGUCAAGAACCUGUCUGUCCGCUUGGAGGAGGUCGAAGCCAACGCCAUUGUCGGAGGCAAGCGCAUCAUCAGCAAGCUGGAGGCUCGCAUGAAGGACUACGAGCUUGAGCUGGACGAGGAGAAGAGGAGACACGCCGAGACCAUCAAGAUCCUCCGCAAGAAGGAACGCCAGGUCAAGGAGGUCAUGAUCCAGUGCGAGGAAGACCAGAAGAACAUCGCCCUUCUCCAGGACUCGCUCGAGAAGACUUCCCAGAAGGUCAACAUCUACAAGAGGCAGUUGGCUGAACAGGAGGGAAUGUCGCAGCAGAGCGUGACCCGGGUGCGACGCUUCCAGCGCGAGCUCGAGGCCGCCGAGGACCGCGCCGACGUGGCCGAGAGCAACUUGUCUCUCAUCCGCGCCAAGCACCGCACCUUCGUGACCACCUCCACCGUGCCCGGCUCCCAGGUGUACCUGGUGCAGGAGUCGCGCGCCGUCAGCACGGAGCGCAUGUGAGCACGCUCCACGCCGCCCAUAACAACUCGGGGCGCUUUCCGGUCGGGUAUAAUAAGCCUAGUCGUUCGAUAAGUGAUGUGUGUGGUGCGGGCGCCGCAGCCCCCGGCAGCGGCGCCCGCCACCGCCCCCGGACGGGCGCUCCGCUCCCGGCUCGCCCUGUGACGUGUCUCUGCUUCAUCGCCCGGACCCGACCGCCCGUCCACGCGCUACGAUCCUAUGUACGCAAUUUCAAUACCAAAUAAAGGAACCAAAAUCUUAAGAAGCUUUUUUCAUUAUUUUUCUAAUAUAAAAGUCACCGCAUCAAAUGAAAUGUCUAUGUCGUGAACCGUUACUUACAUAGGUGCAGUAGAAUAAUAUUAAAAAAUAUUUUAUAUUACUAUUUAUUAAUUGUGCAAUACUUAUUGUACGUUUGUAACUUAUACUUUAAAAAUAAAAGCUAUUUAUGUUAAAGAUACAAAAAAAGGAAAUAAAAGUUCAAAAACAGCUUGUUUUUC